AAUGCGAAGUUUAAACUAAAUAUGGCUAUCAAAUUACUAUCGUGUCCUACAAAAAACUAAAGGUAAUAUAUGUGCAAAGAGUCCUCCUUCGUUCCUGUUCUGCAUUAAAUCUGAGAAAAACCUAGAAGGAAACAAAUUAAAGAUACUAGAAUGGCGCGGCAUUGGUUAUGAGUCAUAGUCGAAACCGAAAGUACAAAUAUGUUUGUUCCCUACAAGUCAGAUAAAAUCCAGUUCUAUUUAUGAUUAGCCUGCCUGUAAUCACGCAUAAGACUUCACCAUGCCAGACUGGAGGAAAUUCGGAACUAUUUCAUUGAUGACCAUUAGUAUUUGUUUGUUUUUACUUGGAAUCAUUUCCUUGGUACUUGGGAUAUUAUUAUCUGCCGGAACCCUAGCAAAUCCUGAAAUAGGACCAGUCAUUAACAGCAUCAGCGUUGGUUCAGACAAACUCGGAGACCAAAUCAGUAUCCUUCCAAUCUUACUUAUUGCCAUUGGCGUGGCUACGUUACCAGGAGCUGUUUUAGGUAUACUGACAGCAAUCAUAGUAAAGGGGAGGAAAAUUUUGUUAAUUGUGGUGUCUGUUUUGAGUUUCGUGGUUUGUGUGGGUUCCGUAGUCAUCCUUGUUGUGUUUAUCCCUAGAAUUCAGAUCAAGGAAAUGAACAAGGAUCAAAUGCUUAAGAGUCUACAAGAAAACUUUACUGAUGUGUCAAUCAACAGCACAAAUGAACUAUCUAAUUCCUGGAAUAAGAUGUUUUUGAACAUGAAACUAGAUUGUUGUGGAGUUAAUCCUGUAAACGGUACGACUAAUGACUUUGAUAAAACUCCUUGGUGUACAACUAAAGGUGAAUGCCAGAAAACAAACGCAGAAAUUCCGAAGACCUGCUGCCUCAACGUUACAGAAGAAACGUACUCUACGGCUCCUGACAAAUGUUAUUCACAAGUUAUCAGAGGAACGUAUAAAACAAAGGGAUGUUUCCAUGCCAUAGUUGUUCAGCUCAGUGUCUACUCGUCACAUAUCCUCGGUGUCUUAAUACCAAUCUUAAUUCUAGAGAUGCCUUGUGGUAUCAUCUCUGUCGUGUUAUGUUUGAAAAAGGACUUCCUGACUCCUCAAGGCGCCAGUUUUAAAGAAAUCUGCUGUUCUUGCUUUAAAUGUAAACACGAGGACAUUCAGGAUAAGGAAGAGGAUACGAAAGAAGAAAAAGUGCCACUUAACUAGGCAAAGGGGUUAUAUUUCAUUCAAUGUCUGUGUCUCUUUACAUGUCAAUGUGCCUGUAUAUGGGAUAAAGAGUAGAACAGGACUGAGUACUUUGCACCCUUUUUGUCAAGUGACAAAGUUUCUUGGAAAUGGGGAAGCUAAAGAAGAUGAGAAAGAAAGUUGCAGAUUUGUGCUUUAUUGAAAUUAUAUGAAUCUAAUUGAUUUUUAAUACAAUAUGUAACAUUAAAUUCCCAGCCAGUGUUUCUGAAACAGUAUAUAAGGCAGAUUAAACCCUGUUUAUGUAAAACUGUAUCAGUCUUGGUAUAAAUCGUUUCUGAAAACCAAAUAUAUAUUCUGUAUUGAGACGGAUAAGUCCUAUAAUCACAGACUAUUUUUAUCCUACAGGGAUAUCAACAACAUUAUUCAAGCUUCACUUAGUUGUAUUUUGGCUGUGACGUAUGUUUCAUACACAUUGUAAGUUUUUUUAAAAUCUUAUAUUGAAUUCGACUACUGAAUGUUCCAUCUGCCUGAUCAUAACACAGAGCUCAUGACGGACGUGGCCUGUCAACAGGGGAUGCUAACUUUCCCUAGGCAUCUGAUUCCACCAGGGCCUCAUAUAUGUGAAUUGAUUACAGAUUUUAUGAGAUCGAUUACUGUUUGUAUCUUAUAUACAAUCAGAACAUUAGAAUUCUAAAGAAAAUCUAUGGUUUACUCAAAAAUAUAACCUGUAACAGAUUAGGUUUUUGUCUAGUUUUUACAUGCUUACUAAUUGAGGCUGCAUAGGUGUUGUUGCUUUUAUAAUGUAAUAUGAGAUACAUCUAACUCAACUGUGCAAUACAUUUAUUUAGCAAUUCGUAAACAAUGUACUUUAUAUGUUUAUUAUUAACGUUUGACUUUAUUAAAAUCAUGGUAAUAUUCUGUGUUGUGUAGAAUUGAGAAUCUAUAGAUGCCUUACUAACUCUACUUAAUUGAAUAUUUUUUUUGAUGUGCAUUAAGGUAAAUGUUGUAAGUCUAAAUAGUAAUAU